GCGGCUGCAGGUGGAGGAGUGGCGGGAGUGCGGCCAAGAUGGCGGCUCCGGGCGGCGCUGCUGAGGAGGCGCGGCGUGGCAGCGGGAGGAGGGAUGACUCGCUGGAUACUCUCCUCUCCUGCCUGCCCCUCACCCCCUCGCUUUCCCCACGGAAAAGGACCACAAGCCAGUCAAAGACGGAACCACCACUGCUCAGGACCAGCAAGCGGACCAUCUACACGGCAGGGCGGCCCCCCUGGUACAAUGAGACGGGCACACCUUUCAAGGAGGCCUUUGUGAUCGGCUUGUGUGGUGGAAGUGCAUCAGGCAAGACCACAGUUGCCAAUAAAAUCAUCGAAGCUUUGGAUGUGCCUUGGGUGGUGCUUCUCUCUAUGGACAGCUUUUACAAGGUGCUGAACAAGGAGCAGCAGCAGCAGGCUGCCUGUAACAAGUACAAUUUUGACCACCCUGACGCCUUUGACUUUGACCUGCUGAUCAGUGUCUUAAGGAAACUCAAAGAGGGAAAGAGUGUUAAAGUUCCUGUAUAUGAUUUCAUCACACACAGUCGGCGCAAGGAGUGGAAAACUAUCUAUGGGGCCAAUGUCAUUGUCUUUGAAGGGAUCCUGUCCUUUGCCAAUAAGGAGCUUCUUCAGCUCCUGGACAUGAAGGUGUUUGUGGAUACGGACUCGGACAUCCGACUGGUACGGCGGCUGAAGCGGGACAUCAUGGAGCGCGGGCGGGACGUGGUGGGCGUCAUCAAGCAGUACAGCAAAUUUGUGAAACCGUCCUUCGAGCAAUACAUUGAACCCACUAUGCAGGCAGCAGACAUCGUUGUACCCCGGGGUGGAGAGAACUUUGUUGCUCUGGACUUGAUCGUUCAGCAUGUGCACAGCCAGCUGGAGAAGAGGAAGCUACGCUGGCAUAUAGCAGCCUUGGCCUCAGCCCACCAGGGACAGCCGUUGCCAAAAACGCUGAGCGUCCUGGAGAGCACGCCGCAAGUCCGUGGGAUGCACACCAUCAUCAGGAACAAAGAUACCACCAGGGAUGAGUUCAUCUUCUACUCCAAGCGUCUUAUGCGCCUGCUGAUAGAGCACGCCCUCUCCUUCCUGCCACUCAAGCCAGUGACCGUGGAAACACCGCAGGGGACUGUCUACGAGGGGAAACGUUUCCACAGGCAGCGGAUCACCGGCGUCUCCAUCCUGCGCGCAGGCGAGACCAUGGAGCAAGCCCUCACAGCCGUCUGCAAAGACAUCCGCUUGGGCAAGAUCCUCAUCCAGACCAACCAUGACACAGGGGAACCUGAGCUGCACUACCUCCGGCUGCCCAAGGAGAUCAGUGAGGAUUACGUCAUCUUGAUGGACAGCACUGUGUCCACAGGGGCUGCUGCCAUGAUGGCCGUGCGGGUGCUGCUUGACCAUGACGUGCAAGAGGACAAGAUCUUCCUCCUUUCACUGCUGAUGGCUGAGAUGGGGGUCCAUUCAGUGGCCUAUGCCUUCCCCCGUGUACGUAUCAUUACCACGGCAGUGGACAAGAGCGUCAACGAGGAGUUCCACAUUAUCCCUGGCAUUGGCAACUUUGGAGACAGAUACUUUGGCACUGAUAGUACCACGGGUUGGUACGAGAGUGACGGCGUGGACUGCUGAGCUCGUUUGGCGGAACAGCACUUCAUCUCUUUGGUG